GUUCUGCAUUGUGGAUCAUUGCAUCAGGCUGCUUGCAACCUUCUGAAUCUGAUCUACCGUAGGUAAUACACUAGCAGUGGCACUAGCACGAAGAAUUUCUUCCGAACGAAUCCUUUCGACCUGCUACAGCACGGCAUUCAGUAGAUCUCGUCCUUCUUGUGGGAGCAUUUACCGCCACUUUGGUAUUCUGUAAUUGCGUGUCGAGUGUGGAGGGUUGUCAACACUUCGCGGAAUAAUAAGGCGAGAAAGCAUGGGCGGCGAAACUGGCGAAAGCAGCUCGAGUGUGUUCGUGAAGGACCUGACAGCCGGAACGCUUGCGGGCGUGGCUCAGCUCUUAGUGGGGCAUCCAUUCGAUACAAUCAAGGUCAAACUGCAAAGCCAACCAAACCCGCUGCCGGGAGAGAAACCGCAAUUCACGGGGGCCAUCGAUGCGCUCAAAAAAACCAUCGCCGCCGAAGGCACGAAGGGGCUCUACAAGGGGAUGGGUGCCCCCCUUGCGACGGUGGCCGUUUUCAACGCCGUGCUUUUCACAGUGAGGGGACAGAUGGAGUCGCUGCUGAGGAGCAAACCGGGGGAGCAAUUGACAGUGGGGCAGCAGUUUCUGGCGGGGUCCGGGGCGGGGGUGGGAGCGGCGCUCGUGGCAUGCCCGACGGAACUGAUCAAGUGCAGGUUACAGGCCCAAGGCCCGGCAGCCGCGUUGGCUGGCGUGACAGGUGGCACGUCCGAGGUGCAGAUCAAGACACUACGGUACAACGGCCCGAUCGACGUGGCGCGCCAUGUGUUGCAAGCGGAGCGCGGGGUCAUCGGCUUAUAUAAGGGCUUGGUCCCGACGCUGCUGCGGGAGGUCCCGGGGAACGCAUUUAUGUUCGGCGCGUACGAGUAUACGAAGCAGCUUCUCGCCGGGGGAAAGGAUACGAGCAAAUUGGGAACGGGGUCGCUGCUCGUGGCGGGGGGGGUCGGCGGGGCCAUGUUCUGGGCCACAGUCUACCCCACGGACGUGAUCAAGAGUCUUGUGCAGAUUGACGAUUUUAAGAACCCAAAAUAUUCGGGAACGAUUGACGCGGCCCGGAAGAUUCUGGCGUCGGAGGGUGUGAAGGGGCUCUACCGAGGAUUCGGCCCCGCAAUGGCGCGCAGCGUUCCAGCAAACGCGGCCGCCUUUUUGGCAUACGAGAUGGUGCGGAGCUCGCUUGGUUAGCGCGAGGGGUACCGCGCGCGUGUUGGGUUAGCAACUGCGAGCCAGUGCUAGCCAAUUGUGUACAGCUAUUCUUCUUGGAUUCCCCGUGAUCCAAUUCCAAUCGAACAAUUCAGCCGGCUUCGUUCUCGAAUAAAAUCGAGUCUAGCGUCAGCUAUAGCCAAUGUCCAAGAUUUAUCUUCAGUGUUGACAUUUACAAUCAACAGAGGCGCUCACGCUGAAGGGGACGGGACAAGCGGCCAAUCAAUAAAACCAACCAGGUCGUUGCCAAAUCGAAUAUGAAGUGACGAGAGUCACAAUCUAUCUUUUGAUCGGAUUGAGCGAGUUGUGCUCGCCAAGAUCUGAACGGGCC